AAUCUCUCCCUCCAUUUCCCGAGAGAAGAGCUGGCUUAGCUUACCAUCCCAAUUCGGCAAUUACCCAUCACCAUUCAGCGAGCAAUGCCCAUUAAUUAACUCUUUGGCUGCACAAAAUCCUAUCCUAUCGCUUAUCCAUCCCCAUUUUUGUCUCCACUUUUCUCUUCUACCCCCAAGCAGAUUUGUGGAAAGAUUGGUGGAAGAGCAAGGGUUUAAAUUUGAUUUUUUUUUCUUUUUUUCUGAAUACAUUUCGAAUUUAAUGGCCGCAGUGGCCGCUUGUAAACGCGUGGGUCAAAUUGGAACGACUUUGGGGAUGAUAGGAGGAGUUUCCAGAUUUAGAGGAUUUGUUACUCCGAUCGUUGUGUCCCCUCUUGAUACGGCGGCAUUUCCUUCCUCGGGGAUUCGAUUAUCAGCUUCUUCUGCUUCAUUUUCACGAUGCAGGCAGAUGUCUCAGCUCGUUAAAUCUAAUGGAAAGCGAUUGUUUCUCGUCGACACCUUAGCUUUGGUUAGGAGAUUGGAGGCGGAAGGUCUGCCUUCCAAACAAGCCGAGGCGAUAACAGCAGCCAUAACCGAAGUUUUGAAUGACAGCUUGGAAAAUGUGUCUCUUUCGGUUGUUUCCAAGGCUGAGAUGCAGAAAAGUGAAAUGAUUCAAGAAUCCAAUCUGUCCAAGCUCAAAUCAGAUGUUCACAGCUCUCAGGAGAACCAUUUUUCUUUACUGCAACAUGAGACUGAAAAACUUCGGAAUGAUAUAGAGAAGAUGCGCAGUGAAUUGAGAUAUGAAAUUGACAAAGUCACUGCAGGGCAACGAUUGGAUUUGAAUCUUGAAAGAGGGAGAAUACGAGAUGAGCUAACAAAUCAGACUGCUGAAACAUCUAACCUCACUAACAAACUUGAUCGGGAAAUUCAUGCAUUAAAGGCUCAAUUGGAAGCUGCAAAAUAUGACUUGAUAAAAUACUGCAUAGGGACACUUGUUUCCAUAUCUGCUGUUGGUCUAGCUAUUGUUCGUAUGCUAAUGUAAACAUGUAAUGUCAGCAUAACCCCUUCUGGGGGAAAGAAGUAGCUCUCCUUUUUUCUUCUUUUUAAAUGGAAAAUAGCUCAUUUUUUGUGAAGCUAUUGCUUGUACCACUUCGACUUAGCUUGGCAUAGCUCAAGUGAUUAGGAUGGGUGAGAGGGUUUGGGUAGAGACAUCAAGUCUGAGCCUUAUAGCUCUCCUCUUGUAUAACGAAGUAAAAUAAUAUACUGAGGCUGUUGUAUGUUUAAAAUUUUUGAAGAAAUGAAAGAAAAGUUCAAUCUUAUGACUA